CCGCUUGGGGCUGAAACCAAGUUCAACCAGGUUCGCUUCCUCGUUGCAUAUCACUGUCGUCGGAAAGGACUCGUCGUACUCGUCAUCAGGUCUGGGCCAACACCACCUAAGCCAUGGCGUAUUCGUGUUGGCCUUCGUUUCUUGUAGUGCUUCUCCUUUUUCCUUCCAUGGCUGUAUCAUCAGCCGGCGGUCCCGCUGCGGACCUGUCCUACGACUACGAGAGAAAGUCCAUGGACACCGGCCUCGCCAUCAUGACGCUGCCACAGCCGUUGUCUGGCCCGGAGAGCCUCGCCUUCGACCGCCGGGGCGGGGGGCCGUACGCCGGUGUCUCCGAUGGCCGAAUCCUCAUGUGGCGCGGGCACCGCCUCGGCUGGACCGAGUUCGCCUACAACUCUAGACACAAGCAAGUGCCGAUCACUUGA